CACAAAAUACACCAAAAGCAGCGAGUAUAAGAUCCCCCCCGGAUGUGUGUGAGGCACAAACAAAACAAACAAACGAAGAUGGCUGUUAUUCGCGCAAGAAAGGAGCUAUUUUCGUGGUCCGACGACGAGGUGGAACUUCUUUUAAGUGUAACACUUGAGUAUAAGACGACAAAAAUACAGGAUAAUGUAGACUGGGAGUCCUGCAAGCCUAAAUAUACGGAGAUAGCCGACUUAUUUCAGGCGCAAUAUCCGAGGACCCCGACUGAAAAAGAUUUCCCUCACGAGAAGAACACAAUUUCACAGGGCCAGCUUACAGCGAAACUAAAACAGGUACAAGGGGACUUGUUCGACAUGGAAGAGUCGUCGCCCGGACCAAGUUCAUCCCCGAGUUUGGAGCAUUCCACGGAUUUGCCAGAGUCGAGUAGAUCCAACGGAACUCUGCCAACUGCUGCGGUUGUGAGUCAUCGCAGGGAUCUGCUCCAGGCACGGCUGGACGGCCACAGAAGUGACCGCAUGAAGAGGAAGCUUCCAGCUGAACAUGCGGUGCAGGAAGAGCUGCGAUUAAAAAGCCGGAUGUUGGACUUAAUGGAGGAAGCAACCAGCCGCAGCGCAGCCAGCAUGGAUCGUAUGAACAACACCAUGGACAACAUUAAUGUGACUGUACAGAAUGGCCUUUCCCUGAUGAGCCAGUUCAUGCAAGUUCAUACUAACAACAGUGGAUAUGGACACUUCCAGGUGCCCUCAUACCCACCCCGAAGGCCACACACGGCCACACCAAGAUUAAACCCCUCUGUACCACACACACCCCACAGCAACAAUCUCCUCCAUAUUCAUUCAGGCGGUCACUGGAUGAGGAGGAGCAGUAAAGCAGUGAGCUUCUUUUUUUUUUCACAGCACUUUUUGGUCAAAGGAAGUCUGUAAACAUUUUUAUUUUUAACUCCACCAGACUUUGUACAAAUGGAGAAUCACUUUUUUUUUUAGCUAGCAAAGGUAUUUUUUUCCCUUUUACUGUGUACACAUUUAUAAAUAAUG